CUCGGAAGAGGAGUAAGACUCGGCCAUCUUCUCGACAUGAAUCGAGAUCUGUUUGGAUACCUGACCUGAUCCUGCGGCGCAUCUUUUCACUGCCGAUUGUUGAGCUGGCUCUUUGAGCGUGAAUGUGUGGCCUUGAGGUAUUUCCGAGGGACCAUAUGGCACAAUACCCCACAAUAUAGGUCCCCUUUGCAUGAACUAACAUGGACAAAGUGGUCAUCAGUCUCCUGCUCCUGGGAACCGCAGUUACGAUGGUCCAUGCAUGUCCCAAAUAUUGUGUCUGCCAGAAUCUCUCAGAGUCUCUGGGGACCCUCUGCCCCUCCAAAGGCCUGCUGUUCGUGCCACCGGACAUUGACCGGCGAACUGUAGAGCUCCGGCUUGGCGGCAAUUUCAUCCUCAAGAUCACCACUCAGGACUUUGCCAACAUGACCGGUCUGGUAGAUCUCACUUUGUCCCGCAACACCAUCAGCGCCAUCCAGCCUUUCUCCUUCCUUGACCUGGAGACUUUGAGAUCCCUGCAUCUGGACAGCAACAGGUUGACCGAACUGGGACCAGACGACCUCCGAGGACUGGUCAACCUACAGCACCUAAUCCUUAACAACAAUCAGCUGAGUCGCAUCUCAAAAACAGCCUUUGAGGACUUGUUACUGACACUGGAGGACCUGGAUUUGUCAUACAACAACUUGCGCAGUGUGCCUUGGGAAGCCAUCAGAAAGAUGGUCAACCUCCAUCAGAUGAGUCUGGAUCAUAAUCUCAUCUCCUUCAUUGCCGAAGGGACUUUUACUGAUUUGGAAAAACUUGCUCGCCUGGACCUCACCUCCAACCGUCUGCAGAAGCUACCACCGGAUCCCAUCUUUGGACGCUCUCAGAGCAGCAUGGUGAUGAGCACCCCUUACGUACCUCCGCUCUCUCUGAGCUUCGGUGGAAACCCGUUGCACUGCAACUGCGAGGUGCUGUGGCUACGAAGGCUGGAGCGAGAGGACGAUAUGGAAACCUGUGCUUCUCCUCCCAGCUUAAAGGGACGCUACUUUUGGUCUGUUCGUGAGGAGGAGUUUGUCUGUGAGCCCCCUUUGAUCACACAGCACACCCACAAGUUGCUCGUUCUAGAGGGUCAAACGGCCAGCUUGCGCUGCAAAGCUGUCGGUGAUCCAAUGCCGACGGUGCACUGGGUUGCUCCUGACGACCGUUUGAUUAGCAACUCCUCCCGGGCCACUGUGUAUGAAAAUGGCACACUGGAUCUAACGAUCACCACGUCCAAGGACUAUGGUAUUUUUACUUGUAUAGCUGCUAAUGCUGCAGGGGAAUCUACUGCCUCCAUCGAGCUAUCAAUCAUUCAACUCCCCCAUCUGAGUAACGGCACCAACCGCACCACACAGUCCAAGUCGGGCCUUUCGGAUAUAACGAGCUCAACCAAGAUCAGCAAGGGGGAGCCGAAACCUCUCCCAGAAAAGGUGGUGUCCGUAUCAGAAGUGACUGCUGUCUCUGCUCUGGUCAAGUGGACGGUUAACAAAUCAACUCCAAAGGUCAAAAUGUACCAGCUGCAGUACAAUUGUUCCGAGGAUGAAGUCCUCAUUUACAGGAUGAUUCCCAUGACCAGCAGAGCCUUUGUGGUUACAAAUCUUGUCCCAGGGAUGCAGUACGACUUGUGCGUCUUGGCCAUUUGGGAUGACACAGCCACCGCCCUCACUGCCACCAACAUCAUUGGCUGUAUCCAGUUCAUCACACGGGAGGACUACCCACAGUGCCAAUCCCUCCACAGCGGCUUCUUGGGAGGUACCAUGAUCCUGGUAAUCGGGGGCAUCAUUGUGGCCACGCUGCUGGUGUUCAUCAUCAUCUUGAUGGUUCGCUAUAAAGUGACCAGCGGAAUCCAAACCAGUAAACUGCCCACUAUGAGCAACACAUACUCGCAGACCAACGGUGGGCUGAACCGAUUCAACGGCGCCCCGCCGCAGGUCAAAUCUACAGUCGUCGUGAUGCGUGAGGAAAUGGUCGAGUUCAAGUGUGGCUCCCUCCAGAGCAGCCUAUCUUCGUCGUCGUCCUCCUCAAACUCACUGGACAGCCAAACGGUGAGAGGCGCUGGUGAUCGGUACAGCAUGCAGAGCAGUGAGUGCAGCACCCUGCCCAGCAGUAAGUUCAGGAGGCACGGCACCAAAGCGCGACCGAACUUGGACCAUCUUUUAGGGGCUUUCACCUCACUGGAGCUGCGAGGAGUGGCGAGGGACCACCCAGGAGCUUCUGGACCCUCCACAGCUACCAGUGCUACAGUGGCAGUGGCUGUGGCAAAACCAUCUGACAAAGAACCACUACUCGGGCGGGCAGAGUCCACGACCAUGUUGGGACGCCUUCUGGGGUUGCCCCAGGAGGGCAAACCCAAGAGGAGCCAUUCGUUCGACAUGGGUCAUGUGGGGGCAGCACAGUGCCGCAGCAAUUACCCUCGCAGGAUCAGCAACAUCUGGACUAAGCGCAGUAUGUCUGUUAACGGCAUGCUGCUGCAGUAUGAUGACAGUGAGGAUGAGAAGCCCACAUUUGAGAGCUCCGAGUGGGUAAUGGAGAGCACAGUUUGAGUACACACAGUUGGCGAGGUCCAUGGUCAGACAACAAAGCUCAAUCAGAAACCAAACUAUUGUCGAACAAGAGGUGUUCCACAGGGGAGCUGCCUUUCGGUCCUGCAUGACGGUCACCCAUGUGAAUACUUAAAGAUGCUUAAAUCAAUAGAUCCCUGGCCAUGGUCUCAACUCUGACGACUGUCUUUGAAAAAUGUUCCCAUUUUAAAAUCACUCCAG